ACAUACUACAAGGUAAAGCAGCUUGAAUGGUGAGGGCACCAAUCUAUCCCUGUGUGUGCGUUGAAUGUGUGCGGUUUGUGUACAGUCAACAAUACGGAACGGAUUCUAACUUCAGCUGACUGGGUAAGCCUGCUAAAGUGCUAGCAGUUUACAUCGCUGGGUUGUUUCUGACAUUCACUGUUUACCCCGGAAAAAGACUUGUUGGUGAUCUACAGACUGUGUGAAGUCAUGUUUAGUAAGAUGCAAGACUAAUACGGAAAAUCUCAUCCUCGGGGCAAGAUGAUUGGACAACGGUUAACCUACUUCUUAUGAGUUCAUCAUCUACUCUGAUUCUCACCCAGACUUCCUUGGUACCCUGCUCUUGACUUGGUCACCAGUGCCAGUGACUCCCAUUUGCCACCGGAGCCCAGUCUGGUUGGCAAGUCUACCUCUGAUUUUGAGAUUGUUACCGGCUAUCGCAGUAUUUGAGAACUGAAGUGUUGUGUGGAGUGUGGACUUGGUUGGUGAAGACUGAGUUCGUACCGGGGUAUCAUUCGGGCAUCUUCUCACUAAUUGCACCGUCUUCUGGAGUUUCCUUUUCUUGAACGGGGAAGAACAAGGCGUCGUCAUGGCGUCUGAGAGCUUGCCAUCCGUCAUGCUGAUCACUGCAAAUGUAGGAUCAAUAUUUGAAGAUCCUGAGAAUAUGUUACAAGGAUGGCUCCACAAGUUUUUUGAGACUGUACAGACAUUGAAACCUCAGCUCAUUGCUCUCCAUAUGCAAGAAGUAGGCGGUAAAGAUUAUGAACUCUGCAUGGGUAAUGUCAACAUUUUUAUACAGAAACUUAUUGAAAGUGACACACUGAAAGGUUACGACAGAGUAUGCGUCUUACUUGACAAAGAUUUCACAAUUGUGGACCAGUUCACGGCACUCGGGAAUAUUUACUUCGUUCAUGAAUCCCUUCAGAAUGUUCAGAUGUACGAUUUCAAAGCUUGCAGAUUCAGCACACUCCAAGGCAAACACAUGGACUUAAUUAGUAAUAAAACAAUGUUUGAAAAAGCAAAGUUUCCUCAGAACUUCUUCCCAGGAACAGUUUGGUCAAGGAAAGGUUUCUUGAGAACAAGAUGGAACAUAGAAAACAGGAUAUUUGACUUAGUUAAUAUACAUCUGUUUCAUGAUGCAAGCAACAUGGUCGCUAUGGAAACGUUCCCAUCAACGUACAGUAAAAACAGGAGAAGAACAUUGGAGUAUGUUUUACAAAGAUUAUCAAAGGAUAAGCACGACAAGGUUCCACUAUUUCUCUUUGGUGAUUUUAACUUCAGGUUGGAUGCCCAAGGUGUUAUUCAGUCUUUGGUAGCCGAGGCAACACCCGAGUACACAAAGGAAGAUAAGAAUGUGACGAGGAUAACGUAUAAAGAUGGAGAUGCAAGCAAGAAGGCAAUACUGAUUCUGGAGAAGAAGAGAUUUGAAAUUGACGAUCCCAGCAGGUUACACAGAGAUAAUCCCAAAUGGCUUCUUCAGUUUGAUAAGGAACUCUUGUGCUUCACAAAUCAGCUUCAUGAAUUCGACAGAGAGUUUCCACCAAGUUACCCCUAUAGUGAAGAUGUUACAGAUGGGCGGAGCUACAUGAAGACUCGAGUCCCAGCGUGGUGUGAUCGUAUUCUACUCUCAACGUCUGCCAAACCUCUUAUCAAGGAGGAUCUGUAUCACAAGGCAAUGUAUAAUGUAAUUGGGCAAGACGUAUGUAUGGGUGACCAUAAGCCAAUCUUUUUAAGCUUCAGAUUAGCCACAUCUCAAGUGAAUGAGGACACCCAACGACCCUGAUUUAGUCUCAGUACACCACGUGCAGUUCAUUCACUCCAUACUACAAGGCAGCAGGAGCAUUAGUCUACUACCCACUCAUCUACCGAGAAACAUCAGUAUAGCACAGGCCAACAGUCAGGGCACCAGACUAUAAAGUUCGAUGACCUCACUGCAAGGCCAGUCUUCAGAUGCAAUAUUAUAUAAAGAGGUAUUAUUAUUUAGCCAAGGUCACACUCCUUUCAAGGUGCUACUCUUUCAGCAUUAUUGUUUUUUCUCAUGGAGGGCGAAGAAGUGUGCCCUGUGGAACCUCAACUUGAACUUUACUGAAGCUUAUACUAGCAUCAUGCUGAUAGGUUUGUAUAUGACAGUACCUGGAAAUGGUACAAAUGAAAACAAAAAACCUCUUUAAUGCCCCAAAAUAGUGACUGUGGGAACCACACUUGCAUUAUAAAUCAUUAAAUUUAGAUCCUGAUGGGUCAUUGUAUGAGUAUAUGGGCCAAGGACUGUUCCUCGAGGAAGAAUGCAUUACAGUCAACUAUGCCACCCUUCCAGGAUCAUAUCCUAAAUUACAACCAUCAAAUCAUUGGAAUUCAUAAUUUCAAUUUUUCCUGCACAGUCAAAUCUGUUUUUUGUAAGCACCAUAAAUAUCACACUUAGGGGCCAAGUAUGGUGUCUUGAGGAACCACCUCCACCUUUUCCAUACUUUAUGCUCUUAUUGCCUUCCUGACCACAGAUGCAAUAUAUACACAAGAUGUUAAGGUGUUGCUUGCACCUCAGUGACUACAUUUUAAUAUGACCUAGACUAGUUUCAUGUCGUAUAUCAAUUUUAUUUUGUACAUGUAAUUUUAAUGUGUUUACGGGUUGAGUAGGAAGGAUUGGGCGUUGGUAGUCCAAGAUGGAGCAUUAACAAUAUUGCCAAGCAAUUUCCUUUAUUUAAAAGAGAUUUUAAUUAAAGAUGUUUUUAGAAAUUUUAGUUUUUUCCUGUUUCGAUUAUUUAUCCACUUACCUGUAGUUAUUGUAAAAGUCUGUGUUUUUAACAAGUAUUAUUAACUAAAUUGUGGUUUUACCCAUCCUUUUUGCUGAUCUUCUCAAUUCUUGUAAAUUAAAAUCUAAUAAUGUCAUAGGAAAACAAAAUCUUGUUCAUGCAGAAUUCUUUUCUAGCUAGACCUUUUUGAUGGUGCAGUCAUUCUUCUUUUUCUUCUGUCCAACGUAAUAAUUAUAUAAUGACUCAUGGCUUUGUCUUAAGAUAUGACAUAAGCUCUGGCUAGGGCUCCAGCUUAGGCUAUAGCUUUGGUUCUGGCUUGGGAUCUGGCUUGCAGGCGGGCUCUGGCUUUGGCUUGUGCUUUAGCUUUAGCUCUGGCUUAAGAUCUGGGCCUAAUUUCAUAGAGCUGCUUAAGCAAAAUGUUUUGGUUAAGCACGAAAAUAGCUUGCUUAUUUGACACAUCUUACAGGCCAAGAUUUCAUGUCAUAUACAUUGCGUGUGACUGUAUUUAGCUGUUGUUUACUUAGCAUAACAAUUGAGUGGAGUCGUGGCCUGUAUUCUGAUUUUACUUAGCAUGGAUUGUUUUGCAUUAGCAGAGUUUUGUGCUUAAGCAGCUCUUCGAAUUGGGCCCUGGUUUGGUCUCUGGCUUGGUCUUUGGCUUUGUUAGUAAUUUUGUUUGUAGGGACUUCAAACAGCGGGACAGUACUUAAGCCAAAGCCGAAGCCAUGGUUUUGAACAUGGAAAGAGAAAAUAGUCUGGUUCCCUUAUACUCAAAUGAAAUAAAGUAUUCAAACUCAUUACUGAGUAUACAGGGAGCAUGUCGAAUGUAGUCUCUGGAUUCUGAAGAUCUUCUAAGAUUGUGCAUCAAUCGAAUGAAAAUUGUCUUGUUAUGCAAUGAACAGCAAAGAGGCUGCCUUUUUUUUACCUUACCAAUAUUUUUCAAGUCGUGCUUGAAUUUUGUUUCUCUGCAAUGGUUUGUGAUAAGCCUACAAUAGUUUGCAACAAAACUCUCUUUGUCAUUCGCCAUUUAGUAUGUAAAUUAAUAUCUCAUGUAUUCAUCAUUAAUGAUUAAUAUUAACCAUAUACUCUGAGUGGGAGUGUAACUAUACAUUUCUUAAUAUAAUAACUGCAUGCUGUGGUAGAUUUCAUGAUUUUAUUUCAAUUUUCGGAUACCAUCGUUGAAAGAUAAAAAGUUACCAGUAAACCAAAAUGACUUCCACCAUUUGGAAAGCUUAUGUAGCUGCCUGAGACAUUGAGCAAUUAUACAAAAUGCAGCCAAUUGAUAAAUUAGUCAAAUAAUUUUGAAUUCCACCUGAUGUAUACCUUAUUCCACAUUGAGCAGUGCGACAACUAGACAUUUUCAUGUGUGGGGCAAAUGGGGGCUACAUUUUGGUGGCUUUUGAUGUAUCCAACCAUACUCGUGUUUUCAUUUAUCUCAUUUGCGGGGGGUGGGCAAGGGGACCGAAUGGGUUGUUCCACUUUCUGAAAUUGAGCCGACUUUGCAAGAGUCUGGCAUGGGUUAAGGGUACAAAAUUAAAAUAUGUCAGAGGAAAGCAAGCCUGGUUCUAUAGGGGUUAAAUAAAAAUAUUCUUUAUCAUUGAUGCAAUAAUUUACAUCAAUGAAGCUUUGGCUUUUUUAAUUGUUAAUUUUUUUAAUUGACUUAAUUAUAAUCUAUUACUUUUCCACUAGUUGUUAGGCUACCUUUUUGUGGGCUAAAAUAGUUAGCAAAUUAUUGAAAGUUGUUUCCUAUCCACCAGUUACACAAAACCACCGUAUCUUAGCACAGUUCAGAAAAAAACCCAAGUCUAAAGUAGAAUCCAACCUCACUUUAAGCCUCACUAGGUUGUGUAUAAAGAAAAACCAAGAUGUCUUACUCUAGCUGGUUGUUUUUUAGUCAAUAAAAUGAAUUGUACUUAAAUUAUUGAUAAUUAUUAUGAAUUCGCAUCAUACUUGUGUUAGGCCCUCCUGUGGCUAAACUUUACAUCUUAAGUUAUUUAAAUUGAAAUUUAUGGUUUCUUAUUAGUGCUACAAUUGACGUUUUAUCCACCAACAUUUACAACUGCCCAUUUUUAAUUAAAAAUUUUCUUCAUUCGGAUUAAAACAGCUCCAAUAUUGUAUUCUUAAUUAAAUAGUUGAUGAUUUAUAGUAUAGAUUUAUAUUUUAUUGAAACAAGUGUGAUUACUAUUGUUUUUAUUAAUUUAGUUGAAUCGAAUUUGAUUGGUUAUUGGUUUUGUUAUUGAUUGGUCGUUGGGUUACAGCAGUCAAAGCUGUUAGAAAUAAACCAUGAUUUAUUUUCCAAUUUCAAGGAGUGUAAGAAUAAAUGCAGUCAACAUAAUGUAAGCUAAUGGUUUACACUGCGUUUACUAAAUUCUUUUUAAAAUAAACAGUAUAGUAAAAUCACUUUACUCAUGAAAUUACAAAAAAGAUAUGACAUUUUGAAGGACCAAAACUAUUAACAACGUAAGGCAAGUUAAUUUUGAAUUAUUGUUAUUAUGUAAAGAUCUCAUAAUUAUGUUCUUUUUUAGAGCACAAACAAAAAAUGUCACCUCUGAUAGUUGAAUGCCAAGACACUAUUAUGAAACGUUGUCAUUUUUGUUAAACUCAGGGCUUCAUUAUCACAUUUUAAUAUUUGUAAUUGAUAUAUUGACGCACCUUUAACUCAUGCACAUUUUAUUAUUGACACCACGCUAUACACUGUGUGUUAUUGUUUUAAAGGGCUAUCGAUUUGGAACUCAGAUAGCCCUAAAGGUUCAGACCCCUUUAGUUUUGUUUUGUAAAAAUAAUGUUACCCCCGUCUAAAAUAAUUUGUUUAACAACCAUUUUUCUUUUAGUCUUGUAUUUUUAAUGGCUUGACAUUUAGGUUACGUACGCAUCAUGGUUUUCCAAUAAAUGCUUGCAUUGAUUAUUAAUUUCAAAUAAUAUAUUUGAAAUAAACCAAUCAGAGGAAAGAGUUUCAACAGUUUGAUUUUCAUCUGAGAAACUACCGUGACGUGAACGAAUACCGCCCUCUUUGGGUACUUUUGAGAAAUUCCUCAAAAUGUCGUCUUUAUGUAAUUAAGACACAGCAAUGUCAACAGUAUAAGGAUAACCAUUGACUUGUAAAUGCAGACAAAAAAGUUAGUCUGAAAUAACUAUAUGCGAUUUGAUGUUUGUUAAGCGCUUCCUUUUUUGACCAUAAGUCAGAAAGUGGAAUUCGGAAGUAAACGUGAUGAUAAGUUCAACUUCCUAAGGAAUUUUUGUCGUGAUUGCAUUUUUUUGCAAGAAAAACCCAGAACUGCGAAUUUUUUACUAAUAGUUUGCGUAAAGGAGGGAAACAAACCGCCAUGGUUCGUCUUACAUAACAAAAAAUUGAAGGGAAUUCAACCUAAAAACAAACAAACAGUAUUUUGUGAGUUAACUGUUUUACUGUCCCAGCAAACGAAGACAUCGUGCUGUCUUGAUAUGUUCGUUAACUCGCUAAACAAUCCUAAACCAAGAAAGAUGCUGCGCUUUAUCGAUUGACCAAAACUACAUAGUUACGUUGUGGUUUGAAUAAACCAGUUAAGUUACUCAUUAACUUAAAAUUUGUGCACUAUUUAAUCGGUUAAUUCGGUCAUUAUACGUUCACUUGGAAUAUAUAUAUUUAAAGAAAGCCAUAGGUUUAAAGCCAUAGAGUUGGUUGGUGUUUUUCCACCCCUCUAGAUUGUGUAUUUUAGAUGUAGCUUAUUUUAUUGUACAUACAUAUUUGGAUCUUAGCUAUUAUUGUAAAUUACAUACAAAAUGUUUGUAUUAUUUAUGUAUUAUCGACCACAAAGAUUUACUAAUUAUUAUUAUUAUGUUUUAGUGACAGUGCACAGGGCGUAGUUUUAACAAAUUCAGACGAUGUAUUUUUCCAUUUUGAGGCAGUUCUAAAGGAGUGGCUAUUCUCAUUUUGUGGCAAUACCCUCACUAAAGGUGAAUUAAAGACUACAUAAUUGUCA